AGUUGAGCGUUCUAAGAGUAACACAAAUUAAUCUGCUACGAUUGCUUCUUCGCAUCCUGCUUGAUCCUGCAGCAAAAUGACUUCAAAGAUCUCCCUCAUUGCACUAGCUCUUCUGCUGGUUAACGCGGAAGCGCAACAGUACGGUCAGCAGCUGGGCCGCCGUUCGCAGGAUCGGUUGAACCAACUCCGAUCCUAUGACGAUGGUGCAAGAUCCUCACGCAACUACAAUGACCUCUACAACGAACAGCGCUACUCGGGUCGCAACCAGGACCAGGAUCUGCAGGACCGACGCGAAUCCGAGUACGAUCGCGAUGACUACAGCUAUGGGUACGCGGUGCGCGAUGAACUUUCGGGAGACAUUAAGAGCCAGCAGGAAGUGCGCAACGGUGACCGGGUGCGAGGCCAGUACCGCACGUUGGAAUCGGACGGCACGGAACGUAUCGUUGACUACACGGCGGACGAUGUUCGUGGAUUCAAUGCGGUCGUUCGUCAUCAGCCAUCGGUUGGUUCGAGAGCACAGCUCGUCCACACCCUGCAGCCAGCCGUCCUCGUUAGACAAUCGAACGUUGGACAUCUGGCUUCUGGCAACCAUCGUCCCGCUCUGCUUACCACUCCCCAGCAAACUUCCACCGUUCUGCUACGCAACUAAUUUCCACCCGCUCUGAUCAAUGGAUAGAGUGUAACCACUCGAAGAAUGCCGAUAAUGUUAAUUCAAUAAAAUGCC